GCCCAGGUGGAGCUGCCUUGCGGCGGCGCGGAAGCGGGGUUCAGGUCGGCGGCCGGGCGAGGCCUGGCCCACGUAGGGCGGUCGGGUGGUGGCGCGGGCAGAGCGGCCCACGAUGAGGUGCUGCCGCCCCUGCGUCUUCGACGCCGCCCGAGGCCCCAGGCGGCUGAUGCGCGUGGGCCUCGCGCUGAUCCUGGUGGGCCACGUCAACCUUCUGGUGGGAGCUGUGCUGCAUGGCACUGUCCUGCGGCACGUGGCCAACCCCCGUGGCGCCGUCACGCCGGAAUACACCACGGCCAAUGUCAUCUCCGUGGGCUCGGGGCUGCUGAGCGUUUCCGUGGGACUUGUGGCCCUCUUGGCAUCCAGGAACCUUCUUCACCCACGACUGCACUGGGCCCUGCUGGCGCUGGCCUCGGUGAACCUGUUUCUGUCUGCUGCCUGCGCCAUGGGCCUCCUCCUGGCUGUGUCGCUCACUAUUGCCAAUGGUGGCCGCCGCCUUAUUGCUGACUGCCAUCCAGGACUGCUGGAUCCUUCUAUACCACUGGACCAGGGGCCCGGACACACGGACUGCUCCUUUGACCCCACGCGAAUUUAUGACACAGCCUUGGCUCUCUGGAUCCCCUCUUUGUUCAUGUCUGCAGCCGAGGCCACGCUCUCUGGUUACUGCUGUGUGGCUGCACUCACCCUGCGGGGAAUUGGGCCCUGCAGGAAGGAAGGGCUGCAGGGACAGCUGGAGGAACUGACAGAACUUGAGCCACCUAAGUGUAAAAGGCAGGAAAAUGUGCAGCUACUGCGUUAUCAUCGGGAUUCCCAGGCUUCACAGAGAACCUGGGUUUAGGACAGGUGCUCGUCUGCGGUGUGGUCCACAGGUGUUUCUACUACGCAAGGGUGACAGGAAUAAUGUAAUAAAAGCCCUUGCUUUGUC